CGGCGGGGUAAACAAGUCAGUUUAAUGAUAAGAAGAGAGUCGCCGCCAACCAGUCGCGCGAGCCCGCCCGCCCAACGCACGUGUGUGAAGUUGCAACAGAUAACAACAAAUAGUUAAAUUCAACCUUAUGGAUAAGCAGUGGGCCGAGAGGCGCGACUAUGAGACACCAUUGGAUUACGUGUACAGAAACAUGGAGAAGGAAUCUACUACGAAGGUGGUAGAGGCGAUGUCUGAAGCCAGGGUGGGCAUGUCCUCAUGGGAGGUCCAUGGGAAUGUAUGGAGUGCUGCUGUGGGGGCAGUCAUUGGGGCUGGAACUGUGCUACUGAUUGCUGCUGCCAUUUUUAUGUGGAGAAAGCCGAGAAGGCAGGAGUUACCGCUGCUGGCUCCGAUGGAUGUGGCGCAUAGCGAGAUGCUGAUACCUAAGGAGCAAUGCCGGGUACAGCCAUUAUCUGCUGAAGGGCGGGCGGCCAGCUCGUUGCCUCACGCUCGGCUGGCCAGGACACCUUCGAUAUCCUCGCAAAGCAGCUUGGACAGCGGGACUUCAAGAGCCACCAGCCACCGGGGAUCCUCACCAGCUAUACGCACAUUUGCUCCUGAUGGACGAACCCUAGAAGCCGGAGCUAGUGGUGUUCCGCGCUCACCGUCGCCCCUCCGCGCGGCUUCACUCGACGUCCGCGCGGCACCGCUCGCCCACGGUUCUCUGGCGUCAUUGGCUGAUACUCCGACGCCUUCAAGUCCAAGGCACGCGCCUCCAAGAUGUCUGUCGCCGCUUUUGAUGCCACCAAGACGGAUAGACCGCAGCAACUCGUUAGUGGAAAGCAGCAGUGGCGUCGGUCCCCUAAGCCCUGGUGCCAGUGCAGCCAUCAGCUCUCUAGGGGCUCUCCAACCAGACCUGUACACGAAGCGAGAGGCUCCCCUAGUGAUAGAGCUGGAAGGAGCAGGGCCCUCGCUCGGCAGGAUCCAUCUGCGCUUGAAGUAUGAUUUCGAUCGGUCGGAUUUGGAAGUUCAUCUUAUUGAAGCGCACGAUUUAGCGGGCUACGAAGCUGGGGGUUUCAACGAUCCCUAUGUGCGGGUCACCCUACUGCCUGAAGUGGACACACGGGUCCGUCAGACCCCGGUGCAUCGGAACGAAGCCAACCCAUUCUUCGACCAGCACUUCAAGUUCCCUGUAUCACACGACGAGUUGUCUGAUAAGACCUUGCUGUUGCAAGUUUUUGAUUAUGACAGGUUUUCUCGCAACGAAGUAAUGGGUUCCGCCAAGGUGCCUCUUUCCCGCGUCGAAGUGGCGGGUGGAGCUGAAGUUUGGGCCGAACUUUCCCGAGAGCGGCGCCCACCAGAGGAGUUGCAAGAACUGUUAUUGUCUCUAUCUUACCUGCCAUCGGCUGAAAGACUCACUGUCGUCGUGCUGAAGGCCAGGAAUCUAUUGCCACCUCAGGAAGGGAAGGAUGCUUUAGAUGUGUAUGUAAAAGUGUACCUGCUGGUGAACGGAAAACGUGUGAAAAAGAAGAAGACUAACAGAAAAGAGAUCAACAGCCCCGUGUGGAACGAGGCGUUAUCAUUUAGCCUACCGUCUGCUAACCUUCAGGAGGCUUCUAUUGAGGUAUGCGUGGUAAGCGGCGGCGGCAGCGGGCUGGUGGUGGGCUGGUGCUGCGUGGGCGCGGCCGAGCCCGCCGCCGAGGGCCGCCACUGGGCGCAGAUGGCGCACGAGACGCGCAAGGCCGUGGCCAUGUGGCACACCCUCAGAUAGACUGCACAUCCUCUCCCCACACACUCGUCUAGUUUAUCCCGGACCGAUUGGUGCAAAUCUUCUGUAGAAGACGGCCGACGUUUUGCGAAAUAGUAUCGAUUACAGAAUCAGAAUAUUGAAUCAGAAUCAGAAUUUUGUGGGAAUUAUUAGUUCCAAAACUGUACACGUGGCGCUGAUAGUUCUCACAUAAAAUUCAAAAAUAACGGAUUCUAUCGAUAUCAUUUGGCAAGACCGUGAUAAGGCCCCCUGUUCACUGUUUUCUAGUCAAUGUAGUGACGUCCUAGGUAGGAAGACCAGAUACCAAUAUUUCUUACACAUUUUCUGAAGUCAUUCGAGUUUUUGCCUUUGCCUACCUAAUGGAUACAACCGCCAGUAUGUUUCAAUAAUGAUGAUGAAGUCCUGCGUGAAAUUCAGUAAUCUGGGAGAUUGCAUCAAGCAUAUCUACUCAUACCUCGGGUCUUAAGAAUAGGUCAUAUAGGUACCUCUUAGUUGACCCAUGCCCUUAAACUUCUUUAUGACGUCACUACUGUACCUACCUACCUACCAUAAAUUACUGUUACUUGUCUGUAUAGACUAUCGUAGACUUUCACUAUAAGAUGCCUAAUCUACAUUGUAAUUAUACUUCGCAGAGCCUAAGUUUGCUCAAAGGAACAGAAACUGUAUCAUACCUUUAUCACUGUUAGAAACAAAAAUGUGUCUGAUAUUCAAUAGAUAGUAGCUUCACAAAUUCGUGUUUCGAAUCUUGCAAUACUGUUAUAUUUAAAUGUCACUAGUCAUUUGUAUAAAAUGUUAUUGAUAUGCAGCUCGCUACACGAAGCACUUAGUAGGUGUACUGUUAGCUUUAUCGCUCUUCGAUAAACUGACGAGAAGUCAUGUGAGCGAAUCGUCUGUCUCUGAGAGAAGGUAAUAAAUAAGUGUAAUAUCCCUUUAUCAAGACUUAUACCUUGUAUUACACUCCCUGCCUUCCUAUACUGUCCAGUCUAAACUGUGGGCUCUAUACUAUACUUCCUGAUAUUAUAAUGAAAUUGUAUCAACAAAUGUUUUAAAAAUAUUUAUCUUGUUAAACUUUAUAAAAAUAUAACAGACUAUUUUCGACGUGGUAAAUUAUAUUGAGCUUUUGAAACACCAAACAAAAUCUUAUGAAUUUAUAGAAUUUUAUAUAAGAAAUGUUAAUUUUUGAAAAUAAAUUUUAAUAUCAUUGUCCAAUAGAUGAUGUGAAUAAAUAAAUACGACUAUUUCUAUCUCCUGUACUUAUGUGUGCCCACAGUUGUUCUGUCACAUAACUAGAUAAUAUAUAAAUACCUACUUAUUAGUACGUAGCCAUUCAAUAGAGUGGCCUCCGUCUGUUCAAGGGUUUUAUGAAUUAUAUCGAAUUUUAUUCCAAAAAUAUACGUACAUAUUUUUAUCUAAGUGUAUGUAUCUGUGUGAAGAGGUAUAUUACUUUUUAUUUUCUUUACAAUGUCUGAAUAAAAUGUCUAUUUGUAAGAUUAAA